AUGCUUUCAUCUGAGAUGGCCCUCCUACAACCUCAACCUGAUUGGAAUAAUCUCGACGUCCUCCAACGCAAUCGACUCAACGCCCGAGCUCACUUCUACAACUAUGAAGAUGAAUCAACCGCCCUUACCUUUGACCCCCGAAAAAGUACACUCUACCACAGUCUAAACGGAACAUGGAAGUUUCACCACGACCUGUCCCCCGUGGAGGCCCCCGAUUGGGAUGUUACUGAUCCGAGCACCUGGGACGAUAUCACAGUACCUGGCAUGUGGCAGCUACAGGGUCAUGGCAGCCCGCAGUACACCAAUGUGAGCUAUCCAUUCUCAGUUGAUCCGCCAAACGUGCCCUUGGAAAAUGAGACGGGCUCAUACUUUCGAAAAUUUACCGUGCCUCGGCAAUGGACUCCGGACACCCACUCUGUCAGAUUGCGCUUCGAAGGCGUCGACAGCUCUUUCCACGUCUGGGUCAACGGCAAAGAUGUCGGUUAUAGUCAAGGAAGUCGUAACGCCGCCGAGUUUGAUAUCGCUAGCUUUCUGCAUCCCGAUGAUGGUUCGGUAAAUACAGUGGCUGUCCGGGUAUACAAGUUCUGUGACGGAACUUACAUCGAGGACCAGGACCAGUGGUGGCUUUCGGGCAUUUUUCGGGAUGUCUAUCUCAUUUCAUUUCCGCUUGGAGGGAUCAGCGACUUUACCGUCACCACUUCCAUAGACGACAGCUUGAGCUGUGCCGGGGUCACAGUGCAGGUUGAUCAUCAUGGGGCUGCCGAGUCGUUCAAUCUCAAGCUGCUCGGUCCUGAUGGCAAGCUCCUAGCUCAAGGAGAAGGCACUUCUCAAGUCCACGUCGAAGUCAGCGGUGCUCAGCUGAGGCUCUGGUCCGCGGAACAGCCCGUCCUCUACACUAUCCUCCUUUCCUGUGGUAACCAGGUGAUCCCGCAACGCAUCGGCAUCCGGCGCGUCGAGGUGCACGAUGGGAAUAUCCUGGUCAACAAGCAACCAGUCAUCUUCUACGGUGUCAAUAGGCAUGAGCACCAUCCAACCUUAGGUCGUGCGGUUCCUUACGAGUUCAUGCGUCAAGACCUGGUGACUAUGAAGCGUCACAAUGUCAAUUCUAUUCGCACGUCCCACUACCCCAACGAUCCCCGUAUGUACGAAGUGGCGGACGAACUCGGCUUUUAUGUUAUCAAUGAGGCAGAUCUCGAGUGUCACGGGUUCUACAAGCCCGAACGCCAAAAAUUGGCUGCAACGGGUUCGACGCUCGGCAGGGUCGAUUUCCGGGAGAAGGUCUAUGAUGAGUCCAAACAGUGGACGUCUGACAACCCGGCCUGGGAGAAGGCAUAUGUGGAUCGUGCGGUGCAGCUUGUAGAGCGGUUCAAGAACUCGACGUGCUCUAUCAUCUGGUCCCUUGGCAACGAGGCUUUUUACGGCAGGAAUCUUGCUGCCAUGUACCACUGGGUUAAAAAGCACGACCCUACCCGACUGGUUCACUACGAGGCCGACCGAAAUGCCGUCACAGCAGACUUCUACAGCUCAAUGUAUUGCACUUUGGAGGAGUUGAGGAACCAUGUCACCGAAAAAGCGGACCGCCCACUCAUAUUAUGCGAGUAUGCCCAUGCUAUGGGCAACGGUCCAGGGAGCCUGAAAGAAUACAUAGACAUUUUUCGAAGCGAAAAGCUCCUACAAGGGGGUUUUAUCUGGCAGUGGGCCAACCAUGGUUUACUUACCAAGACUGGAGAUGGAAUACCAUAUUACGGAUAUGGCGGCGACUUUGGUGACAAACUGAACGAUGCCGAUUUCAUCAUGGAUGGCCUCCUUUUCUCUGACCACACGCCGAACCCCGGGGCAGCUGAAUACAAAAAGGUGUGCGAGCCCGUAACAGUGGAGGGUUUCAAUUCAAAGACGGGAAAGAUAUCCCUCCGCAGUCAUUACUUCUUCUCAGACAUUUCUCAUCUGUCAUGUUCCUGGAGCAUCACAGUCGCGGACCAAAAGCCUACCGAGUCGAGGCACCUAGCUCUUCCACACGUUUCCCCUGGCUCGACUGAAGAAUUCGAGUUGCCUGCGGAGUGUCUUUCCUCUCUCAGCGACAAUUCAUCGCAUGAUCAGUGGGUAAAUCUCAGUUUCAGGCUGAAAAGCGGAACCAGCUGGGCUCCCAAAGACCACGAAGUAGCCUGGGCUCAAAUCCCCAUCGCUGCAUCGUCGGGUCUUAUCCUAGACCGUUCCUGGCAGUUUGUGACCAAAAACGGGGUUGUGGAUACCCCUGUAGUUAAAGCAGCUGGUGGCAGGCUAACCAUCUCAUCCCCCGUACGCAACGCGCAAGUCACGUUUGAUCUUGUCCGCGGCGGCUUCAAAUGGACAGACGAGGCGGGCGUCGCUGUGUUGCAUGGUCCGGAGUUGGGCAUUUACCGCGCCAUGACAUCCAAUGAUCUCGGAUUCGGUGGCGACGGCGCCGAGUGGCUGCGCUGCAUGCUCGACUGGACACGCUCGUCAGUCAUCAAUGUUACUUGGAGCCAGGAUAACGAUGCGGACAAGAACACAAAAGGGAACGUCACCGUAACCACCGAGGUGCGCGUUGGCCCACCCUCUCUUUCGUGGGCUGUUCGCGCAACACUAGAGCAUGUCGUCUCUGCGUCUCUCAGCAUUAUCUCCAUCCGAGUGAGAGGCGAUAUGGAGCACCGUGAUAUCUCCUCCCCGGCACCUGGAGUCCUUCCACGAAUUGGACUUGACCUCGCGUUGCCCAAGCUAUACAACCACGUCGAAUGGUUUGGACGAGGUCCUGGGGAAGGGUAUCGCGACAAGAAGGAGGCGUCUUGGGUUGGAUUACACUCAGCAAGCGUGGACAAAUUACACGUGCCGUAUGAAGUACCGCAGGAGAAUGGUAGCAGAGGUGACGUCCGAUGGGUGCAGCUCCAAAAUGGGGAUGGUGUAAAUGGCACGCCAAUUCUCGAGGUGCGCAUGGCACAAGGGCUGUUUAACUUCACAGCACGACGGCACACCCCACAAGAACUUGACCGAGCAAGACAUCCGCAUGAGCUGAGAGAGAGCGAUGAGUUGCUCCUGCAUCUGGACGCUAUGCACCAUGGCCUGGGAUCGGGCUCGUGUGGGCCACCACCGUUCGAGGCGCAUCGUUUAUAUGCUCAGCCAUUUGACUUCACAGUGGCGUUGAGGCUGCUUUAG